AUGGAAUCUCGAGUCCCAGACGCCCGGGCCGGGGAGGCUGAGCGCGCCUCGGGCGAGGGCACGGCGUGGGGCGGCGGCGCGGCCCCGGGCCCCGCGGUCUCCUCGCGCUUGGGAGCCGCCCGGUGGAGGCUCCUGCGGCAGGUCCUGAAGCAAAAACACCUGGAUGGUUGUCUACGACAUGUAUCUGUAAGAAGAUUUGAAUCAUUUAAUCUGUUUUCAGUAACAGAAGCCAAGGAAAGGGAAACUGAAGAGGAAUUUGGUGCAUGGGUCCAAUAUACAAGUGUCUUCUUCCCUGAAUACAGUAUUUCCUUAAGGCAUAAUAGUGGAUCUUUGAAUAUUGAAGAUGUUCUCACCAGCUUUGACAAUACAGGAAAUGUUUGCAUCUGGCCGGCUGAAGAGGUAUUGGCUUACUACUGCCUCAAGCACAGUGAGAUCUUCAGGGACCUUGCUGUGUGUGAGCUAGGGGGUGGCAUGACAUGCUUGGCUGGGCUCAUGGUUGCUAUUUCUGCAGAUGUCAAAGAAGUUCUGUUAACUGAUGGGAAUGAAAAGGCCAUCAGAAAUGUGAGAGACAUCGUCCAAAGGAAUCAGAAGGCUGGUGUGUUUAAGACUCAGAACGUAUCAAGCUGCGUUUUACGAUGGGAUAAUGAGACAGAUGUCUCUCAACUGGAAGGACAUUUUGACAUGGUUAUGUGUGCUGACUGCCUGUUUCUGGACCAGUACAGAGCCAGCCUCGUCGAUGCGAUAAAGAGAUUGCUCCAGCCCAGGGGGAAAGCAAUGGUAUUUGCCCCACGCCGAGGGACUACUUUAAACCAGUUUUGCAAUCUAGCUGAAAAAGCUGGCUUCUCUAUCCAGAGACAUGAAAAUUACGAUGAACACAUUUCAAACUUCCACUCCAAGUUGAAAAAGGAAAACCAGGAUAUAUAUGAAGAAAACCUUCAUUACCCACUUCUGCUUAUUUUAACCAAAAAUGGAGAGGAGACUAAGAUGCUCAAAAGAUGA